AUCCCAAGUUCCAACCCAACUUCCAAUCCCAAUCCAAUCCCAGUUUCAAUUGCAAUCCCAACCCCACAUGGCUACUCUGUAGUCACCCCGAGGAGAUGUUGCGUUCCCUCCCCCGUCUCCGUCUCCGUCUCCGUCUCCGUCUUCCGACCGGUCGCCGUCUCCGCCGCCGCCGCAUGGCUACUCUCGUUCUCCUCCCCCUCGUCCUCUUCCUCCUCCUCUUCCUCCUACCUCUAUACGCCGUCUACAAGCCGCCCUCGCCGCUCCUCCGCUUCCUCUCCCACCGCUGGACCGACGUGCUCUUCCGAAUCUGGCUGCCUCCGUCCAAGCCGCUGGUCGCCCUGACCAUCGACGAUGCGCCGUCGGAUCACACCCGCGCCAUCCUGGCCGCCCUGGCCGCCAGCGGUGCCCACGCCACCUUCUUCGUCAUCGGCUCCCAGGUCCCCGGCCGCGAGGACGUGCUGCGCGAGAUAGUUCGCGGCGGCCAUGAGCUCGCCAACCACGGCAUGCGCGACGAGCCCGCCCGGGCCCUGCCCGAGGCCGAGCUCGAAGCACAGAUCUCGCACGUCCAGGCCCUCAUCGAGGCCGCCUACGUCGCCGAGGGCAGGCCCCCGCCCCCCGUCGGCAAGGGCCGCUACUACCGGCCCGGCUCGGGCUUCUUCAGCGAGCGCAUCCGCCGCGUCACCCGCCGCCUCGGCUACCGCGUCGUCCUGGGCAGCAUCUACCCGCACGACGCCCAGCUCCCGUGGGCCUGGCUGAAUGCCAGGCACAUCCUGAGCAUGCUGCACCCGGGCGGCAUCAUCAUCUGCCAUGACAGGAGGUCCUGGACCGAGCCGAUGCUGAGGAGAGUCCUGCCCGAGCUGAGGAGGAGGGGAUUCCAGGCCGUUACGUUGACCGAGCUGCUGAGGGAGGUGACGGGGUGACCGGACAUCAUGGGAGAGGAGGAAAGGAUCCCGAUGCUUUUGGAAGGAAGAGCUCUUUGGAGGCUCGGCUUCCGGUCUGAAGGCUGCCUGCCCUGGCCCGCCCGGGAGAGCAUGAAUGUUUACCAAAGCCCCAGCUCACUUAGCACCCAGGCUCGAAACGCCGGAUGGCAAGAUCAGCGGCAAAAGGGAGAAACACAAACCUAGGUCACGCUGUGGCCGUAAGUGAGUGACGGACGAAAA